UACCCACCGAAACGCCGAGGGAGCCUGACAGUAGUGCGCGCCUCGGCACCGUUCUCCGUGGCACAGUUUCGGUUUCAUUUCCCGACCGUCCGUCCUCGUCGUCGUCGUCGUCGCCGCGACGAGUGUCGUCGAUCUCGCUCUCGCGCGCCAACGAGCGUCGCUACUCCGUUUUUCGUAAGUGCGCCCGCCGACAGUAACGUGUCAGCGAUCGGCCGCGCGGCGCCGCGUUAUCGCGCGACGGGAGUGAUCGCGUCGCGCUCUCUCGUCGUUAUCGUCGUCAUCGUCAAUCCGACGUGCAGGCCCGUUGUCGUUGACGACGUUGUUACCGCCGCGCGCUCGCCGCGAUACGUCACGUAUGCCGUGUCUCGCAAAGGCGGUCUCUACCUACCUACUCCAUGUGCCGACGGUAGGGCAGCGGAGGGGAGGGGGGCGGGCCCUUCGGGAAAGCAACGAGCCGAGAGGACAACUAGUCGUACGCAGAUAGGCGAGCUGUCAAGUCGUUCCGCUCGGCUCCGCUCCCGGAGUCUCUCUCGUCGGUCGUGUUCGCUCGCUCAUUCGCCCGCUCGCUCGCUCGCUCGCUCGCCGGCACAUUAGUCAUCCGAAUUACAGUGCGUGCUCGCGCUCUCUUUCGCGCCUUCCUCCGCUCGCGAUAAUACACAAUCGCGAUCACGGUGUACACCCGCGGCCGUGUUUGUUGACAGUCGCGCACCCGUGGCCCGCUGACCGCGUAGGCUGCCCUCGUGUGUGUGCGCGCGCUCUCUCGCGCGCGCCCACCCGUCCGUCUUCUUCGUUCCGCGCGCGGUGCACGGACGUGUGGUUGGAUCGUGCGACGCGAAUCAUCCCGUCGGCCGCAUUGCGCUCGGCAAUAAGUUGGAUUACAGUGCGCGGACAGGAGAGGAAACGGGGCUCGAAAGGGGGCACCUUGGGCGCGAGGCUCCGCUCCGCUCCGCUCCGCUCCGCUUUGACAGUGGCGAAUGUUGACACGCGCGCGAACACGCCUCGACCUCGGUCAUGUCUCGGACGUAGGUCCCGUCGACCGACGACGACGACGACUCUGUGCGUCCGCGUGUAUGUACGUUCGGUGGUGCACGAUGGUUCCUUCUCGGUAAACGUGUAAACCCGUGAGAGAAAGGAAAGAGAGCGAGAGAGAGAGAGAAAGAGGGGAUAAGGGAGAAGAAAAAAGCGUGGCUGGUGAUCGAUAUCCUUGUACUCGUGGCUCACCGGGCAUCGAGUGUGUGCAACCCUCUUCCCGUACGCGCGGAGGAACUCGCUUCCUCCUCGCCGCGAGUUGUGUCGGGGCCUCCGUUCCCCCCCGGUCGACGUCAUCGUCGUCGUCAUCCGCCGAGCGCGCGGGUGCCGCCAGGUCGCGUUUUCCGCGGAGAAACACCGUGCGCGCCAGUUUUGUCGUCCCGCUCCGAACCUCGGGAGCGAUGUCCCGCGAACGUGACCGACCGAACGGGACGGGUAGACGCGGAUACACGCGGAUGUACGCAGAUUUUAUUUAUUAACACGCCCCGGAGAAAUCAGCCCGAUCUGCGCGGCCAGAAACUCGCUAGAGAUUCGAGAGAGAGAGAGACGUUGGAAAAGGGAAACGAAGGAAUCGAAACGAACGUUCGGUGAUCGUCGCAUCGGCCGCAUCCCAGGGGGGGGGGAGGGGCUUGAACAGCCCCGUUUCAUAUAUGUGCCGAUACGCGAACACGCCGUCCGUCCGUCGUGCGGUGCUUCUCGCGCAUGGGUGAUAUGUUAUUGGAGAUGGAGCAACAUUCGGGCCUGUUAUCCCUGAACAUGUCACCGUUCCACCUGAGUCCGCAGGACAGCCCGCAGGCCGCCGGACAGCAGCCCCCGCAGCAGCAGCCGCAGCCGCACUACGGCUCGUCGGCGUACGGCAAUUGCGCGCAGAGCUCGCCAUCGCCCAUGUGCCAUCAGCCGCAGUCCCAAUCGCAACAGCAACAGCAACAAAUGUCCGCUCACAAUCAGGCGGCGCAGUCGCAGGGCAUGUCGAGUUUCGAGGCCGCCUUCUUCGACUCCCCCCUCGAGGAUCAUCGGUGCCCCAUGUGCGGCCACAAGAACGUAUCCAGCUAUCAGUGCGGCGUGCAGGGCUUGCUCACGUGCGAGAACUGCAAGAACUUCUUCAAGCGCAACGGCUCGCCGUGCAGCAACAAGAAGGUCUACACGUGUCUCUUCUCUCAAACGGGGGGCGGCAGUGGCAAUGGCGGUGGCGGCAACGGGGGCGGUAGUGGCGGCGGCGGCGGCGGCGGCGGCGGCGGUGGCGGCGGCGGCGGCGGUGGUAACAACUGCAGCGCGUCCUCGGCGCUCGAGAUUUGCCCCAACAAGAAGACGUACACGUGUCUAUUCCCGGCAGGAGCCGGAAGCGGUAACGGAGCCUGCGGCGGUACGUCCACCAGUCUCGAAGGUAACGGCGGCGGAGGCGGUUACGCCGGCAGCGGCGGCGGCAACGGCGGCGGCACUGCCGCCGGAGGUGGCGGUCCAGGCGCGGCCAACGCCACGGUCAGCGGCGGACCGGUCGCUGCCGCGGGAAGCGGCAACGUCGCCGCCGGCGCGGUCCCGACCGGCGGCGGUACCAUGUGCCACCCCGGCAUGGGUCAGGUCGGCGUCGUGACCGGCUCGAUACCGUGCCCGUCCGACUUCCCGGACACCAAGGACAUCGUCAUCGAGGAGCUGUGCCCCGUGUGCGGCGACAAGGUGUCCGGUUAUCACUACGGCUUACUCACGUGCGAGUCCUGCAAGGGAUUCUUCAAGCGCACCGUCCAGAACAAGAAGGUUUACACGUGCGUGGCCGAGAGGUCCUGCCACAUCGAUAAGACGCAGCGGAAACGGUGUCCCUACUGCCGCUUUCAGAAGUGCCUCGAGGUCGGCAUGAAGCUCGAAGCUGUGCGGGCGGAUAGAAUGCGGGGCGGUAGAAACAAAUUCGGGCCCAUGUACAAGAGGGAUCGGGCGCGAAAGCUGCAGCUGAUACGUCAACGGCAACUGGCGAUCCAGACGAUACGCGGCACCCUCGGUGACCCGACCGGCUACUCGUCCGCGGUCACGCCCUUGAUGCACAUCAAGCAGGAGAUCCAAAUACCUCAGGUCUCGAGUCUGACCUCGUCGCCGGACUCGAGUCCGUCCCCCGCGACCGUGGCCGCGGGCCUGGUCACGACGCAGGCCGGCGGCAGCGGGGCCGGUCAGCACCAGCUGAUCGCACCAUCCAGCCAACCCAACAUCGGCGGUAAUCACCUGCACAACCUCAACCCGGGCCUGGACAGCAAACUCUGGGCCGCGAAUUCCACCACCCCCGGCACGAAGGUCUUCAACUUCGGCGAACAAUCCGCGCAACCACACGGCGGCGGGGUGCCGAGCUACACGGCCAACCCCCCCGUCACUCUCAAGACACUCGGCCCGAUGAUAAGGGAGUUUUUGUCGUCGAUCGACGACCGCGAGUGGCAGACGUCUCUCUUCGGACUGUUGCAAAGCCAAACGUAUAAUCAGUGUGAAGUGGACUUGUUCGAAUUAAUGUGCAAAGUGCUCGAUCAGAAUUUGUUUUCGCAGGUAGACUGGGCUAGAAACUCGACGUUCUUCAAGGAUCUCAAGGUUGACGAUCAAAUGAAGUUGCUGCAACAUUCUUGGUCGGAUAUGUUGGUGCUAGAUCACCUUCAUCACAGGUUACACAACAGUCUACCCGACGAGACGACGCUUCACAAUGGCCAAAAGUUUGAUCUUCUCUGUCUCGGCCUACUCGGAGUUCCUUCCUUGGCCGAAACCUUCAGGGAACUGUCCAAGACGCUUCAGGAACUAAAAUUCGACGUUCCAGAAUAUAUAUGCAUGAAAUUCCUAAUGCUGCUGAAUCACGAUGUCCGUGGACUAGUAAACAAGAAACAUGUGCAAGAAGGUCACGAACAGGUUCAACAGGCGCUUAUGGAGUACACAGUAACUCAUCACCCAACUGUACCGGAUAAAUUUAACAAGCUGCUAGCAGUAUUACCGGACAUUCACGAGGUGGCAACCAAGGGAGAGGAGCAUCUUUAUCAGAAACAUUGUAAUGGAGGCGCGCCAACGCAAACGCUUCUCAUGGAGAUGCUUCACGCCAAGAGGAAAUGAAACGAUCAGUUUUACUUGGUAAUCUUUGCCAUCAAAUAAGAAAGAAGUCCGUUAUUACACAAUAUAUACACAAUAUAUAUAUACACAUAUAUAUAUACAUAUGCAUAUAUAUGUAUGUAUAUAUAUUUAUAUUUAUAUAUAUAUCGAAAGUCUUGUUAACGCCCCUAAUCGUGAGACAGAGUGGACCUCAAAGUACCUAUUAAGAGCUAAAACGUUGCUAAGGUAUCGGACCAAAUAAUGGGGCCCUGGUUCAUGAAAUACCUAGGCAUACAAAUCAAGUAUAGACGUAUAUACCUUUUACACACAUACACUCGCGCGCGCGCGUACACACAGACACACAGACACAAUAAACGCAGAGUAUAUGUAUUAUAAAGUGUAUCUAAAUAUAUAAACACAAUGACAUAUAUUUUCUAUAUUUGAUGUUGAAGUUUUAGAGAUGUAUCCGUGGAGAAUUACUCCUGUUAAUGGGUAUAAGCGCAGGGAAACAGUAAGCAAGAUGCCUUGAAAACAGUACAAAGGGUGGUUAACAAAAAAAUAUUGGUCAAGGGGCAGGCAACUUUUGUCUAAAUAAGUAAAGCUAUUUUUCUAAUACUAGAGGCGAAUUUAUUUUUAAGCAUACCACACCGAAGCCUUGCUCUCACUCGAACGAAAUAUAUCGUACUGCUAAAAGAGAAUCAAAUUCUCUCUCCAGAUCAAUCGUGCUUCUGCAAGGGAUUCAAUGGGCAUACUUGAAUGACAAUGAACUUGCAUGUGAUAUAACAUAUGUGUUUGUCGCACGGCCACCUGGGCAUCCUUAGAAUUUCCUAUAAAGAAAAAGAAUCUGCAUUUUCGUCACACUUGCACACAGCGGGGCUACUAUUGUAAAUACUAGUUAACACAUUCCAAUUAUGUUGUAAAGUACAGAUCAUGUUGAAUAUUGUAAUUACAAUAUUUUGUGUAUAGUUGAAUAAUGAAAUGAAAUAAAUAUAUUUCUGUUGCUUACUUGAGGAAAAUCAUUAGCUACUUAAUGUCUUCAUUAAUUUUAGGAUCUUAUUCAUGUAUUUUUCUUUAUUACUUCUCAAAUAGGUGGCGGAAAGGAAUAACUACAAAUUGCGAUAUUUUACUAUUGUAUGUUGUAUCGUAAUAAAGAUUCUGUUUAAGAAAUAAAAGAAUCAUUGGAGCAAGGUUUAUGUGGUCCUAUAUUGUCUAGCGAUUAAUUCUAAAUGCAUAAGAUAAUAUUAAUCGUAUCGCAGUUGUUAAAUAGAAAAAAAAAUAGUAAAUGUUAAGAUAGCGAUCGAAAGUAGUAAUUUUUCACUAAAUAGAUUAUUAUUAUUAAUUAUUACUAUUAUUAUUGUUUAGCCAAUAGUCAGAAAUUCUUCAGUGCUGUGAAGGCCGUCUUUUCGACGCCUGUGGUAUUUGAAGCCAUUGAAAAUUACAUAUUGUGUCAGAUGCAAAGUUUAAACAUGACAACAAAGACAGAAAUCUUUCCUUGCACCGGUAGAUUGGUAAUAUUGUCCGUUGCAACUCCUCUUGUUUUUAUUCACGUAUCAAACACGUACCUGCUGCAAAAAAAAGGCUAUUUUACUACUUUCACUUUUUCCACCGAUCUUUCAAUAUAUUUAACUAAGUGUAAAGUGCUUGUUGGCAAGCGCGGAACUUGAUGUCUCAUGUUAGAUUAAGACUCGAGUGUUAAAUCAAAUCAAGAGGAACGGUAACGAGUAUUAUAUAUUACCAAUGUGGAAUUAAAUAUUUUCUCGAGGGCAACGCAUGUACUUAUCGCGUAAGUAAAGAUUUGUGUCCACUGUCAAGUUUGACCUUACACGCCGAUAUAAAAUAUGCUAAUGUUCCCAAAUUUUCAAAUCGUCCAGUUUUCCAUGUUAAACACGAAAUUGGAAGCAGCCUAGGCUUAUCAUUGUUCUCAUCUGCAAUAACGCUUCUUUGAGAUGAAAAAAAAGAUUAAUUUUAUUUAACUCACGACACGAAUGAUGACUACCUCUUCAUAUAUCUGUAUUAAGUUUUAUAUUUUUACAUUUUUAGUAACCAUAUACCUCAGAAUAGACGCCCAGAUAGCAAUUCGAAUGGAACGAAUGAGUGUAACAUGCAUAAACAGGUAUUUUUAAUUCGUGUAGUGUGUAUAAUUACACGUUAAGAAGCUACGAUGUAAUACAACUUAUUAAAAGUAUCGUACCCAUUGUAUGUCCACACGUUAUUAGCUCUUAGUUAACUAUUACUAUUGUAUUUUUUGCAAAUUAGUUCAUAAUUCUGUCGUUUACCAUGUAUUAAUUACUGCUGUCUCACAAUUGAAAAAUAUCGCUUUAAAUCAUGCAUUGCUGUUUGGGUAAGACAAGUUCACGCUACCGUUUAUUUAUUGUAUCGUCUUUUUUCAUCUCCGAGACCUCCUGCUGAACGCGUGUCGGUCUGAUAAUUUUGGAACAAGUCGUAUUAAUCGCAAACACUACCAUAUGUUAAUGAGAAAAAAAGCUCUAAUGAAAAAGAACUAAGAUAACUUGAAAUUAUUUCCGUACGUAUUUUGUGUUACAGAAUAAGGCAUAUAAAGCGUGACAUAUUAAUUGCCUUUAAAUUUUAAUUUUAGGAAAAAACGUUUUCUGUAAAUGUUGCAGGAAGAGAGUAUUUAAUGGCAAUAAUAGUUUCACAAGAAACGUCCGAAUUUUCUGUGUAAACAUCUUUACUUUUUCUCUUGCUAACGAAACGUCAUUAUCUUUUCUAAUGAAUUUUAGUCAGGAUUAAGGUCAUGAUAAAUUCAUGGUAUAAUUUUUUUAACAUCAAUGUAAAUUUUACGUCUGUUAUAAUUAUCUAAAAGUUCUAUAAUCGUCUAGUAACAUAAACGUAUAAACUUAUGACAUAAAAUAACAAAAUUGUAAGUACCAUACAAGAUACAGAAGCAUUACGAGCACGUUUUUAUUAAGUUAAACGUAUGAAGUCUCGAUAUGCUUAAAACUUACUCGAAUGUUAAAAAAUAUUAUGCUCUCGGAAAAAAUAAUCAUUGUUACUUUGCGAAAAUGGCACCAAGUAUUAUGGACGCUAUAUGUUCUCUUCGAAAUCUCACAACUUUUACAAUCUAAACGUUUCCUUCUAAAAUUGACACUUUCCUAAAAUAUUAAUAUGUCACGUUCUAAAUGCUUAAUUUUGUAUAUAUAUAUAUCAAUUUCGAUUAAUGACUCAACGAUUUGUUAUGUUUAUUAACCAUUGUAAUUAGUGAAUACGAUAACUACAGCGUUGUGUAUAUUUUUUUAUGUUAAAUAUGUACAGUUACCAAUUAUGAUUGGCAAAUAAUCUAAUUUAAUAUCUACGUGAUUCUUUGAUCCGAUAAAUCGAUGGAAUAAAGUUUAAAUGGAAAAACUAUUAUGCGUUGUUAACACUGCCAUUAGCAGUUGGCAAUUGUAAAUUAUGUAGAAAAAAUUAAUUAAUGUAAAUAUAUCUUUAUUAUUAACA